CAAACAAUAUGGAGUCAAUGGAGUGAAAACUUAUGAAGAGACCAGAAAAUAACCCGAUUGUUGCGUCUUCUUGAUCUUGAUACAUACAUUUGAAUUCGUAAAUUCGUUGCGAAUCCGUUGCGGUUCAAAUUCGCUAUGGAACCCAGCGAUUUGGUAACGUCUCUGACGCUUUUUGAUGCACUGGCGAUUGCCAAUAGGAAGAGGUCAAGAGUUCAAAACUUUUUGCCUCUGAAAGAAUUGGCCAUGCGGAAAAUCGUCAGCUACGACAUUGGAAUCGAAUCGUCAACUCUGCUGCCACACUUGCCUUGGUGUUUGAAACUGGAAAUCCUGGAGCGAAUGCAAGCCAAAGGCAUUGAAAGGGAGAAAAAGCUCACCAUGCCUGUGGUCAAAGACUUGAUUUUUGGAAUGCUGAACAGCCUGAUGGACGCUUCGACCAAGAAGUUUGACUUUGUCGUCUUCUCCACCUACCACAAGUCGGACAAGCAGCGUGACCUGGAAAUGUGGGAUCUGCUCGCUAGGAAGUGUCCAAACUUGGAGCAAAUUUCCGACUCCCGAAAGCAUGCUGCACCAGUUUCAUGGCAGCCGCCUGGCCAAGUGGUGAAAGGGGUUGGUGAAUUCAAGCUACGAGAUGUCAAGAACUCCCUGCUCCAGCUGUCAAAACUCAAACACGUGAUGCUCGAGCAGUACGAGUGUGACGAAGAAGACAUGGCAUGGAUUGCUCGGAACUUUCCAGAUCUGAUCACCCUCGGUGUUACCUUUGUCGUCGUCACUCCGUUCUUGCUUGCCAAUUUAUUCGAUCUGCAGAGGCUGGAAGUAGUGUUAGUUCACUGGGAUAUGUAUGGAGAAGUGAACUGGAAAUUGAGUGGGGAGGACCGCGCAAUGCAAAAGGACUACUGCGAGGAUUUCGGACUGGCGUGUGUCAAGAAAUUCCCUCGAUUGCGUUUCUUCUCAAUUUAUCCUGAUUUCUUGAUGUACGCUCUCAACAAUGAUGAUAUCUUUACCCACCAUCCAGGACAGCCCCUUCCACUUGAGCGCAUAACGACCGAGCGAUUCUUAAACUUUGGUUACUUACCUAACUUGACACAUGUCAGGUUCGAAGGACAACUAUCAGGGGACCUAGAAACCUGUGCCUUGCUGUCCAACUUGAGAGUUCUGGAAAUGGAAGAUGACAGUGGAAGCCUCAUCUUCCAAAUUUUGUCUCUCUGUGGCAAGCAGUUGGAGGAACUCAUAGUCACGAUGGAAGUUUUUAUGGAGGAAGACCCUAUCGACGUGUGUGACAUUUUCCUGCUCUGCCCGCGCCUGCACAAGUUGUAUUACUAUUUUCGAAUUCACAACGAAGAGACAAAGCCUUUCAACAGCCACCUUGACGCCAGGUACUUCCAAAACCUGAAGAAGUUUUCUUUGAGUUGGAGGCUCAGCAACGCCUACGCCUCUCGAUUGAUGGCCCUCGUCCUGACAGCUCCACUUCUUGAGCGCUUUACAAUGAAGAAAAGCUUCACCAUGACCCCCGAGGUUUGCACUCAAUUGCACCGACCUUUGAUCGAGGGAGAAAUUCUUCAGCAACUCGAGAAGUUCAAGUUUGGCUCCCACCUUGAGCAGCCCGCCGAGUUGCUCCAAUUUCUUCUGCUGCUGCCAGUCCAUGCUCCGCGACUUGAAAAGAUGGAGUGCUUUGGUGCUCAUCCUUCCUUCUUGAGGAAGAUUCAGGAAUCACCAAUGCAAAGACUCAAUGCCAUUGGACACUUUGAGUACACUGAUGCCAGGAUAUGGUGUUAUGUACAUGAGUACGAAGAUGACAGCGAUGAUUAAUUAAUUAUCUAAAUACUUCUCUUGGAAAUGUAAUAUUUGUUGUUUGAAAUGAAUACAAGGUGUGCUUUCUAUCCUGCUAAUUAAUUGUAUUUUUUAGCUCCAAC